AUGGCUUCCGAUGCUGCCAAUCAGGCCGCCUCUCAAGGCUCUGCUGCGUCUGCCCCUCCUCUCGUCGACCUAUCGAGCCCUCGCAAGGGUGGUCCAUACGCCUCACGUAGUCUCGCCAACACCGACAUUGACGUCCAGCCCACCGCCCGGAUCGCUCGAGGUCUCAUGUUGGAGAGGUCGUCCAAAUGCACCACGCCGCUGACUCUCGACGAGUUCAUGCGCACCUUGAUGCCCGAGUUCGACGAGGGGGACUUUAACAAGGCGUUCUCCGCAAAAGACAUCAAGAGCAUCGGGGGCCGCUUCCAUCGCAGGCUCAAGAACAAAGACCACACGGACAAAUUGAACGUGGUUGAGAAAGACGUGAGCGCUGCCUGGGCAAACGUCAACAAAAGCCGUCCUCUUUGCCCCGGAUCCGUAUUUGGCCUCUCCGAGAACUACCCCGACGUAGGAGAGCCGACCGGGUCGAAGUGCGACGGCCACUUCAUUCACGAGCGCGACCAACACUCCAUCAAAGAGAAGCGGCCCAACUGGGACUACCACCGCUUCACCGUCGAGUUCAAGCGCGGCGGGACCCAGAACGAUCCUUGGGACGACGACAAGACGUACAACCCCGAGUCGACUGCUGUCUCGCGUAAAGUUGUCCGCGGCCAGCUCUCCUCCUACGCCGACCUCGUCUUCAAGCACCAACACCGCCUCUUCCACUUCAUGCUCCUCGUCAACAGCGCUCGCUUCCGCAUUCUUCGCUGGGACCGGUCCAGGAUCGCGGUAAGCGAGGCGACCGACUACGCCAAGGGGGUCCGCGGCACUCGACAGCUCUUUAGGGUCCUCUACGCGCUCUCGAUCAUGACAGACAAGCAAGCGGGAUACGACCCCUCUGCUUUCCGGCUCGAGCCUGGCUCGUGUGGGUGGGAGCGGAUGAGCCACCUGGGCGACCCCACCAAGCACGCGUCCGACGUCGACCACGCUGAGCGUUUUGACUUUGCCGACCCCGACAAGACCACCUACCCCGAGAACCUCUACCAUCCUCAAGACGCUUCUCAUCACUCGCUGUUUGACACCGGCGGGAUCUACAGCGACCCGAGGGCAAAGGUGACGUCGAACGCGCCGUGGGCCGACUGCGUCGAUCUCCCCACAUUCCAGUACAUCCGGGCCAAGUUCAAGGCUUCCAUUAGCGGCGAUCGCCCUCGAUACAUGUUCACCAUCAAAGGCAGGUACUAUCUCGUGGGUUUCGCCGAGUUUGCGGCGGUGGGUCCGAUCGGGCGGGGUACGCGCGGCUUCCCCGCGCUGGAGUGGCACACUCAGCAGUUCGUGUGGGUCAAGGAUUGUUGGCACCCGUUCUACGCAAACACCGCAGUGGAGGGCGACAUUCUCAAAGAGCUCAACGAGGAUGGCAUCGAGAACGUGCCGACGCUGGUGGCAUACGAAGACUACGAGGGCGAACACCAGGUGACGUGGGUGUCCGAGCACAGCGACCACCUGCAAGCUGAAGCCGCGUCGACGUCGACCACGGAACGUCCGAAGGCCCCUCUCCCCACCCGCUCCCGCCCGCCGCACUCCCCGUCGCCCGCGCCGAAGCCACAUGUGUACAAGCAAGCCCAGCCAGCCCAGCCUUCGACGUCCUCUUCGGCGCAAGGACCCUCCGUCCCCUCCCUUGCGGCGUCGUCUGGUCAGUCUGGCGUCAAGCGUCUCCACGGACAGGACGAAGCCAAGACAUCUACACUGGUCGAGCCGCCUGACUACGUCCCCGGACCUCGCCACAUGCGUCAUUGCCGUCUCGUCGUCGCCGAGGUGUGCUUGAAGCUCUCGACGUUCGAGUCGUCUCAGCAGCUGGUGCAGACUAUCUACUGGGCUUUUCGUGCGCAUGCACAAGCAUAUGAUGUCUCCAAGGUCCUACACCGCGAUGUGAGCGCGGGCAACAUCCUGAUGUACCCCAGGAUCUUCCACGCGGAAGGCAAGACUGCUUGUUGGAGUCGCGGUAUUCUCGGCGACUGGGAGAUGGCCAAGAAGAUCACGGUUUCCGACGUAUCUCAGCCCGAGCGCACUGGAACGUGGCCUUAUAUGUCGGUCAUGUGUCAGGACGAUGCAUCGUUGGGGCCGAAGGUCGGAGAUGAGGUCGAGUCCUUCCUCCACGUUGUUGCCCACCAGGGCCUCCGCUUCGUGAACCACAAUUGGUCGAAGGUCGACGUGCACCAGUUCUGCCUCCAGUACUUCGAAAGCCAUGCCGGCAACCGGAGCAACAUGCGGUCGAGCCCGUUUAAGAAGGAGUGCAUCCGUAAGGGCGUACUUAACCAUCCCACCGGAAUCCUCGGUCGUCUCGAGUUUACCGCGGUUGGUGACGACGGCGGCGCGGCGGUACACCCUCUCAACGAGCUCGUCCAACUUCUCCUGAACCUGUGCUCGGCCCGGUUCGCGGUCCACCUCUACGAGGUCGAGCUCGCUGAGUACAAGUCCGCAGUGUCCCGACCUGCGGCCCAGGUCGCUUCGCAGACCACUCAGUCGAUCAGCCUCUUCAAUCCGAUACGGAGGGUCGUCGCCGCCGCUGCUACCGCUCCUGUGCCCAAACUCCCAUCGAACCCUGGUGAGCCUGUAGAAACGGACGCCGCUCUACUGGAUGACCAUGCGCAUGUCCUGGACAUGCUGGAGGGGUUCGCGUACCCUCCGCUCACGGAGACGGGCGCGCCGAUGCGGACGUGGCCGGCGAACGACAGGAGCGCGGAAGACGCGCUCAUCGGGUACGAUCCGUACGCUGGCUUCCCCCUUCCGGUCGCCGCUGGGUUGAAGCGGACGUUGGUCAAGGCGCGGAAGACGUCGCAGGGGCAGUCGGCGGGCGCCGCUCACUCGCGUAGUUCGGAUUAG